AGAUUACAAUAAAAUGCUAUAAAAACAUUCACAAUAGAGUUAACAAUUUAUCAAUUCAGUCAGAUUGACAGAAGCUACUUUUACCGCUCUGUCAUUAAAUAUUUUCUAUUUUUUCAUCAGUAUUUUGCAAAUAAACAAUUGAGAAAAGAAAAGCAACAUACGAAGUGUUAGUUUUUUUUAAUAUUUAUUUUCAAACUUUAACAUUAGUUAAUUUUUUUCAACUGGUUGUAAUAAGAGUGAAGUAAUUGUUGAAAAGUGGUUAGACAUUUUAUUUGCCACAUCUAAAUUAUUUUUCAAUAUGGGAAAAAUACAAUUUUGCCGAAUAUGUAGAACAGAAAAGAACCUGAAAUAUACGACCAAAGAGUUAAGACAAUUAAAUAAAAAACAAUUGCUUUUGGCACAUGCGACUCAACAGGGUCAAGGAAAUAAUAGGGCUUCAAAAAAGCUCUUACUCACCACACCCACAUUGGGCAAUAUCUGCCAGGUCUGUGAUGAACGCAUACAAAUAUUCCACCGUUUAGAUGACGGUGGUCAAGACAGUUGUAGCGAUGUUGAAAUUGAAGUUGUUGAAAACACAAAUGAAGCACUGCCAAUGCGACUUGUUGAUACUGUACCAAAUGGAGAUUUUGGUCAAAGAACACAACGUCCAGAAACGCCGGUCAUUGUGGAUGACGAUGACAUGUUGUUUAAUAUAUUUAUGCAAAAGUUUGAUCAGAAAACCCAAAUGCAACGGCAUCCAGUGGACUCAUCACUGGCACAGCAGCAGACGGACAGACAGUAUGUAAAUCAAUUUCAUACACCUUAUACUCCACCACAAUCAACAGCGGGCGGCAGUGAAGGUGAUGAAUCAAAAGUAAUUGAAGUUUUAACAUCUCGCGAAAGCACACCCGCCCCAACAACUCAAGCUCUGCCACCACCUCCACAUUCGAAUUCUAAUCUGGUCGAUUCACAGGGUCAUCGCAUUGUGGCCAUCAUAGAAUUAGAUGACGUCGAUGAGAACGAUCAAAAAAAUAAUGAAGAACUACAUAUCGGUUUAUUGACUCCUGCAACGAGUUCUUCAAAUGAAUUGUCAUUUACAGAAAGUAUUGAGCACAGGUCUGGUUUACUAUCACCGAUUAAGAAUUCCAACUUUAAAAGUCCACGUAUGCAUGAUGGACGUGUACAAGCACAAGUCGAAGAAGAUGACGACGAAAUAGUGUUCCGUAAAGUUGAUAUUGAACAAGGAAAGCAGACUUCAGCAAUAAAAAAACGAAAACGCAAAAGUUACGACGAAAAGGAACUGCGUUUGGUGGCCAGUUUAAGCUUGGUUUCCAGUGACUCUGAAGUAGAGGACAGUCCGAUAAAGGUUCAAGCUAAAAAAUCUGCCAUUGCUCCUGCAGGUGAAACAUCCUUAUUAGUUUUACAAAAGACAUUUAUGUGCAACGUUUGCAAGAUAAAAUUGCCAGACUCUGAAGGCCUUUCCGUACACGAACGCAUUCACCAAGGCGUGAAGUGUACAUUGUGUCAAGUCGGUUUUCAACAAGUCAAACGCCUAAUCUAUCAUAUGCGUCGCAAACACAGAGAAUAUAAUGGUGAUGCUUUGGCUGAAAAACCUCGCUCUGGCCAAGACAGCUGUAUGACUAUUAGAUUACGUUAUAUGCAACGAACAACCUUUUACGAAUGCCAGCUAUGUGGCCGUAUAGAUGAGAUAUUCAGGGAGCACAAAGAGCAUAUUAUAGAAAAACAUGCCAAUGAAUCUAAAACACUCAAAGACCCCAUAAUGAAACAACUCAAAUGUCCACUGUGUAAGGUAAAGUGUGGGGCACAGUAUUUGUCAUUGUGUCGCCAUCUAAUAAGUUCACAUGAAUAUCAGCAGUACAGAAGUCAUCUGAGAGAGUUGGUACAUGUGAGUGCAUUCGGUUGGAAUGCAGCCCGGCAACAAGAGGUGGCUAAAACAGCAAAAAUAUUUCAGUUUAUUAAGAGGAAAACAUUCUUUUUUGAGUGUAAAAUAUGCCACAAAGUCGUUGCAGGCUAUUUACAUCACUUAAGGCACGUCAGCCAGCAUCAAACAUCCCCCAACGAAAAGACCAAAGUUAAAAUAGCUGCAUCUGCUGAAAUUCUUCCUUCUAUUUUAGCAACAUCAAACACCCUGAGUUUAGAACUGAAGAAACUUGAGGAAAACCUGAAAAACGAUACAGUUCGUGCAUCAAAGAACCUGCAAAAAGUUGAUAAUAAAUCUAAAAAACUAGUAAAUAAGGCUAAAUUGAAUAACAAAUCAAUACAAAUAGAGAAAGUUAAUGAAAAAUCUAAAAAAAUACUAAAACCGAAUGAAAAUGCUGUACAAAAAAAGUACAAAUUAAAAAGUAAUCAAAAGGGAAACUUAAAUAAACCACUUAAAAUCGAGACAUCUAAGAAUACAGCUUUGUUGAAGAAUUGUAAAGGAACGGAGUCGGAAAAUAAUGAAUCUAAAAAGAAAAUACAAAUUAAAAUUAAAUUAAAACCAAAGGAUAAGCAAAUUAAAAAACUACCAAGUGCAGAAAAAAUAACCAAAGGAAGACCUAAGAAAGAUUCGAUCAAAAAUAAAGAGAAAGACAAUGAAAAACUUAAAGGUAAAUCAAAAGUAAAAGUGAAAGAUGCUGAUCAGAAGUCUCAGGUGAAAAAGGUUAAGGUUAAACCACCCAUACGGCAGAUUGAUCUGCAAAAAUAUAAAUGUAAAUAUUGUUUAAAACAAUUCAAAGGUUUUCGUUUAUACAACUUACAUCUUCUGCAACAACACAAAGAAAAUGAGUAUACUGAAUGUAACAAAUGUAAUAAACUCUAUACGAAUUCCUCUACCACAAUAGAGCAUAUCAAACAAUGUCCACAAAUAUUCCCCACAUCCAAACAAAAACGCAAAUUCUCUGAACAACCUUCAGUAUCAGACAAUUUAACUGACAUCAGCUCGCAACCAUGUGUAAAAAAAGUGCCUCAGAAGUGUGAUGAAAGUUUUGCCAAUACAGAAGACAACUACACAUGGCUUCAAGACCUACUAAAAUUAAAAGAAUCAUCUGAAAUUAGUGAUAGUAACUCAACUUAUGUUCAAUCUACCAAUACUGCCUUAUUCAUAACUAAACAAUCAAAAUUGCAAUGUUGUUAUUGUUUGCAUCUAUUACCCAAUGACAGAGCAUUGGAGGAGCACACAAAAGAUCAACAUUCACAAAAAACAAAUAUUGUUAUUAAAUAUAAACCUUUUAGAAUUAUAAAUAAGUAAUACUUGUAUUUAUAAAAACACUAUCUAACAAAAUAUAAUCUCUGCAGUCAAAGCAUUUUCUAUCAAGCUGAAUCUAGCGAAAUAUGUUUGUUCUUUUACUUUCAAUCACUUUUAUUUCAACAC